AUGACUUCCCCAACACCCUCUACAGGCGGCCGAGAGGAAAGGGAUCGUCAGCUCGCAGGAGGGAUCGAGAACCUCAAGAAAGAUACUGAGAAUGGAGACCGCUCGUCUCAAACGAGCUCUCAAGAGACAGUUGGCAUAUUCCAUCCCGAUCUGAAAAGCACUCGGAUGCGAGCCUACCGAGUAUGGUUGAUAACGAUCUUCGGCCUAGGGGCCUUCAUAGUCGGGAUUUUAUCGCUAUAUUGGGGAGUGCUAUACACGGUUUACUCGCGUCUCGACAGACUGACCGUCUGGAUCGUCGAUUUUGACAGUCAAGUUGCACCUUACAACAUCACUUCGCCGAUCAUCGGUCCGUUCGUGACGAAUGAAUUUACACAUCUAAAACCAGCCCAGGUUGACAACUUGGGAUGGACAGUCAAACCUGCAGCUGACUUUGAUCAUGACCCGAUGCGCGUGCGCCAGGGAAUAUACAAUGAGGAUGCGUACGUUGCCAUUAUCAUCAAUUCGAACGCGACUACCCUUCUCAAGGCCGCGGUAAAUGAUGGAAACUCGUCCUAUGACCCCACUGGAGCCACCCAAGUGAUAUACAACACUGCGCGAGAUCAAACAACCGUGUCUACUUAUAUCCUGCCGGCUUUGUUAGACACUCUACUUCCAGUAGUAAGCAAUUUCGGCAUUGAGUGGGCUACAAUCCUAAGCCGGAACGCAUCGACACAAGAUGUGUUCCGCACCCCACAAGCAGUCAACCCUGCUGUAGGGUUCUCCCUAAUCGACCUUCGUCCUUUCACUCCGCCAGUUGCCGUGCCCUCGGUCUCAAUCGGCUUGAUUUAUCUUAUCAUCAUUUCCUUCUUCAGCUUCUCCUUCCUCAUGCCGAUCCAUUCCCUUUUCUUCCAGCUCAAAGGACAUCCGCCUGUGCGCAUAUGGCAACUCUUGCUUUGGCGUAUUGUUUCCAGUAUCCUGGCUUAUUUUUUCCUCUCCUUGUGCUAUUCUCUCAUCUCGCUUGCCUUCCAAAUUCCCUUCUCAAAUAAUCCGGUCCCACAUGAAACCGGAGCCCUCAAUCCUAAUUCAUACAGAAAAGGCUCGUUUGUUGUGUACUGGAUGCUGAAUUUUGUCGGAAUGACGGCCCUUGGACUUCCAUGUGAAAACAUGGCCAUGCUUCUUGGUAUGCCUUAUGCCUCGCUAUGGUUGAUCUUUUGGGUGAUCACGAAUGUGGCGACGUCAUUUUAUAGCCUUGAGGUAGCGUCCGACUUUUAUCAAUGGGGGCGCGCAUGGCCUUUAUUUCGACUCGUAAAUGGUUCCCGCACCAUCUUGUUCGGUACGAAAUCAAGUAUUGGGGUGGAUUUUGCCGUUUUGUUUACCUGGAUUGCCGUGUCUAUUAUACUGUUUCCAUUCGCCAAUAUUUUCAUGAAAUGGCGAAUGGCAGCCACCGAGAGGAAAAAAGGGUAA